GCUCAGCUUUCCUGACAGGCCUGGAGCUGCUGCCGGAGCUCGGCGGGGACGGAGGAGCUGCCUCUUCCCUAUCACCUCGCCGGUUGGGGCCUGCUUGGAACCGCUAUGGGCGUGGAGGGUCCUGGCCCGGUACCGGCGGGUGUUUCCGUACUAAACAUGACGACUUUCUUCUCACGAUUUCCCUCAGAGCGGGAGAGGCGGGCCGCCAUAGAGGAGUGGAGCGCCCUCCCCCUCGUCGCCGGAGCUGCCCUCCUCCGUCACUUGCCGAGGGCGCGCACGGGGUGCACGAUGGUGGCUGGUGGGGCCCGGCGGCGGCAGCAGCACCAGCAGCGGGUAGAAAAUGUCGGAUUUCGAGGAGCUGCGGAAUAUGGUAUCAAGUUUUCGUGUUUUUGAACUACAAGUGUUGAUGGGGUUUGCUGGACGUAAUAAAAGCGGGCGGAAACAUGACCUCCUGAUGAGGGCACUGCACUUACUGAAGAGCGGCUGCAGGCCAACAGUUCAGAUCAAAAUCCGAGAACUCUAUAGGCAUCGGUAUCCAAGGACGUUUGAAGGACUUUUGGAUUUAUUUGCUAUAAAACCUGCAGUUUUCAAUUUGGACAGUAGUUCCUCUCCUGCUGAGCUUGCUGGCAUUCACCCACUCUCUUCUUCUUUAGUCACACCUCAGUCUCCUUCCUCGCCUGUCAAUUCUGUGUUCCUCCAAGACACUAAGCCCCACUUUGAGAUGCAGCAACCAUCCCCUCCAAUUCCACCUGUUCAUCCUGAUGUUCAACUGAAAAACUUACCAUUUUAUGAUGUGCUUGAUGUGCUCAUAAAACCUACACAUUUAGUACAGAGCAGUAUUCAGAGGUUCCAAGAGAAGUUUUUUAUCUUUGCUUUAACACCUCAUCAGGUCAGAGAAAUCUGUAUUUCCAGAGACUUCUUGCCUGGGGGCAGAAGAGGUUACACAGUCCAAGUUCAGCUAAGGUUAUGCCUAGCAGAGACAAGCUGCCCUCAAGAAGAUAAUUACCCUAAUAGUUUGUGUAUUAAAGUAAACGGGAAACUGUUUCCAUUGCCGGUAAGCUUGUUUGUAUGUGACUUGUGGUGUGUGUGUGUGUUAUCUGUAACAUUAGCUUGCUAAAACAGUCAAGCUGUUUAUUAUCACAUACAUUUCUCUGGUUACUGUUAGGUAUAUAGUUUGUAUGUUGUCUAUGUGAGAUAACCAUUACUACUGUUAAUCAUGUUACAGCCACUGCAUGGAGUAAUUGUGUUUUAGCCACCUAUAACAAACCUUAUCUAUUGCAGUUAACAAAAUAUGUCAAAACCAAACCAGUGUCUGCAUGAAGAAUCCUCCUCCUAGGUAUUCAAAUUGAGUUUGACUUGAUUGGUAGUAACCCUCACUGUUUGGGCUGUUUAUAUUUGUGAUUGGCUUGAGUUCCUUCUUGUUGCAAGGGAAUGGUAUUGCUUUCUUGUGUACAAGUUUGUAUGCUGCUCUGCAUCUGUCUGGUUAGUGCAAAAUUCAUUGCGUGAAUGAAGAACAGACACAUUUUAGGAUUCUUAGCAUUUACUGAUACUAAAACAGAACAGUGUUGGCAGUCAUACACUUCACUGGUGUCUGAUGUUUAAAAACUAGUACAUUAGCACGAUCAUCUCAAGGCAUAAUAUUUAUACAUAUAUACUAAAAGGUAAAAACACCUCAUUAUUCUUAAAAAGUCUCUGGAAUGAGUAUCUCUGUACAAUAGAACAGAGAAACUCUUAUGCAACCUGUUCUGAAAUGGUUCUGGAAGCUAUUGAAGAUGGAAAAAGUAGUAGUACAGAAGUUUAUUCUUCAGCGGUGGGUUUGGAAAAAUGCUAUGUGGACAGAGAAGGUGUGAAACCUCUUUUUUAUUAUGUCUGUCACCACCUUGAUGUAUCAGAUGUAUUGUCCUGUAUGCUCCCUCCUGCAUUUGCAACCCAUGACUGGUUUUUUGCCUCUACUCAUCUUAAAGGAGACUCUUUAGCUUCUCUUCCUCUUACUUCUUUGGCCAUUGCAUCACUGUUCUUCUGUCUGUCUUCAGUGUGUAAGAAGGUUUCUUUCAUGUUUUCCAGUCAGUAUUUUUUGCAAAUGCCAGUUAUGUUCUCUGAUAAGCUUGAGGAUUUUCUCCUUUCUUACGCAGAUUGUCUUCUUUUCUUUAAGCAAGGAACCAAAAAAAUUUGGUCUGAUAUUAUCUUAUGGACAUCAAUGUUUGCUGAUGCCUAGUCUUGCGAAUAUAGUUUAUGCCCUGCUAUGCUGUCUUAUGCUCUUCAUUUUGUACAUAACAUAUGUCACAGUCAUAGCAAAAAUUGUUUGUAAUCUUAGAUUAUUGCUUUGCUUUAGAUCUAAAUCCUGUAGGUUCUUCCUGCACAUCAGGAUUCUUUAAUUUUUCAUCUGAACUUUAGGUGAAAAAGUAAAUAAAUUAUUGUCUUGGCAACUUCCUUUCCUCUCCUCCUUCAGUAUGAGCUGAAUGAAAAAUGCAAUCUCAGUCCAAAUGCUUCUGCCAACAUUUUCUGUUGAUUUUUGUCACUGUCUGCAUCCCUCUGGCAGUUUCUUUCUGUUGCAGGAAAUGCAAGAUAAUUUCCUUGUCUCAAAGACCACUAUUGUCCGACUCAGUAGUGUGUGUAUUAAUUAAUCAGUGAUGCCAGCCUCUAUUGCCAACUUGCACAAUUCUUAAAUGAGUACUGUUCUGUCUUUCCCUAGUAUAGAAGUUCAUGCUUCUGCAGAUGUCUGUAAAUUAUUCUUGGUUGUUUCCUUGACUGCAGUCCUCACCAGAAACUUCAGAAAAAUGCUGCCAGUGUACCAGUACUGCUUCAGGUUGUGCCAACUAAUGUUAACAUGGUAUUUCCUUGUAUUCAUACAACUAUCUGUGUCCUCCUUUUAUAGUGUUGGUUCUGACAUAAAAGGAGGAAUUGUAGAGUCUUGCAUGCUGCUAUCUUGGUAAGUAACAAGGUUUUUAUACACUAUGAACUACAGCAGGUGGUUCUUCUGUUGAUGUUUUUUGUAAGCAAGACAGAAUGUGAAAAUUCAAAAGGUGAUUUGCUUUUCUUAGGGAACCUCCAUAAACCACUGCAGAUCUCUUUCAAAGGCCAAAAUCAAAUAUGUCAGGGAAGGUUGGAAAUAGCCAGAUAUUAAGAGCAAUCAUGCUUUCUGUUGAUAGAUUUUUCUGGCUAUAACAGGUGAUACCUGCUUUGACUAAUAAGGUUAUUGAAACAAGUGUGGAAGACUUAAAGACACAAAUUAUGUUGGGACUUGCUAGCCACUAGAUUUGGCAGCCUAACUAAACAGUGCUAGACCAUGCUGGUUGAGAUAGGCAAGCAGAGUGUUCUUAACUCCUGGAAGGCCAGGAAGGGAAGGUUUUAAGUUGUUCUAGGAGUACAAGAUUGAAUCUGUUUUCAAGGUCAUUGCGAAAGAAAACACCAAAAACUUGACUGAAAUGAAGCAUGUGCACUGCAGAGUCUCUCUCUAAAAAAAAAAAAAAAAAAGAAAAAAGAAAAGAAAAAAAAGUUGGGAAAUGCAAGAGAACUUGCAUUCUUGCUCUCUUGAGUGCAAGGCAAUUUCAUUUUUAGGUUGGAGGCCAGCAGGCUUACUGUGGCUGGUACAGUAUGGGGGAAAUACUCUCCUGAAUAUUGCAGGGAUGGUGUGUUUGUCCACAUAAGCUGAUAAUGUCACCAUAGAUAGUAGACAAAGGCCUACUACACCAAAGCAAUGGGGAUAUAUACCCUAUAAAUGGCAGCAGUUCUUAUGUCUGAUUAAAGGCAAAUAAUUCAUUCUUUUACAUGUGAAAUUAUCAGUAGUUUCCUUUCAUCUGCUGCCUCUAUGUUCUGUGAUGAAGGGCACAUGGUAAGGUGCCUAGUAGCUACUGGGUCACUCCUCUGGGGUAAGAACAAUGAAAGGCAGUGAUUAUCCUAUGGUGGAUGUCCUGGUUUAGGGCAAAUGUUGGCAGGAAACCUCCAAAGGGGUCUCCUCUAAAAUGCAGAUUUCAGUGACCUCAUCCCCCAACUGGUUUGGGAGAAUAAUCUCCUUGGAGAAAAGUGAAAAAACUGUUUAUUUAACAAACAAAGUAUUCACAAGCAUGAAAAAUGAAUACUAUUUGUAGAGAGUUAGGGACAUGCGUGCGGAAGAUAUCGGGCUGUACGGUCAGUUAGGACACACCCCCUCUGCAGCCAGACCCCUGCCCUGUACCUGGAUGUACCUUGCUGACGUAAGCAGGAGGAAGUGACACUAACUACCCAAGCUAUAAGAACCCUUGUGACCCCUCAAUAAACGCCAUUUGUUUUUCCACCA